GGGCAGGGCAGGGCAGGGCAGGGCAGGGCAGGGCGGAAGGGCCCUGGCCUUGUCGGGUGGAAGGUGAAGAGUUAAUGGCUCCGCGCUCAGGCACUGCCCUCUGAACUGGAACAAAAAGCAACUUCCGGUUGGAGGCACUCGGCCAGGCGCCGGCGACCUGACGGGAGAGGGAGCGUAGCCGAAACCGUGAACUGUGUGAGUAAGAAACUUUGUGAAAUGGUGUGUCCGAAUCCAUCAAGCACCGCGUCGGAGAAUUUGUCUGCGUGGUUGCACAAUUCCCCUCUGCCUUCCUGUGGUGUGUCAUCAUAGCCUGGUCAAUGAGAAGUUGGGUAACUUCCCAGAGGGUCACGGAGGGAGUGGGUGGUCAAGGCAAGAAGAACAGAAGCCAACUCCGCCCACAGUGGGAACCCAGGCAUUAGGACAUGCUUUUGACAAGUUAUAAUAAGGGAGAGAUGGUAGUAAAGGAAGUGAAGAAGCCACGUGAAAUUGAAGGAAAAGGAAAUGACCUGCCUCCUUACCGCGGUUGGAAUACACAAACGAGAGACCUGUCAUUUACUCCAUCCUUUAUAGUGAUGCUACAGGACGAAGAGGAAUGGAUAAAAACAUUGGCGAGCAACUCAAUAAAGCAUAUGAAGCCUUCCGGCAGGCAUGCAUGGAUAGAGAUUCUGCAGUGAAAGAAUUACAGCAAAAGACUGAGAACUAUGAGCAGAGAAUACGUGAACAACAGGAACAGCUGUCACUUCAACAAACUAUUAUUGACAAGCUAAAAUCACAGUUACUUCUUGUGAAUUCCACUCAAGAUGGCAAUUAUGGCUGUGUUCCUCUGCUUGAAGACAGUGAAACAAGGAAGAAUAAUUUGACUGUUGAUCAGCCACAUAAUAAAGUGAUUUCAGGAAUAGCAAAGGAAAAACUACCAAAGGUAAGAAGACAAGAGGUUUCUUCUCCUAGAAAAGAAACUUCAGCAAGGAGUCUUGGCAGUCCUUUGCUCCAUGAAAGGGGUAGUAUAGAGAAGACUUUCUGGGAUCUGAAAGAAGAAUUUCAUAGAAUAUGCAUGCUAGCAAAAGCACAGAAAGACCACUUAAGCAAACUUAAUAUACCAGACACUGCAACUGAGACACAGUGCUCUGUGCCUAUACAGUGUACGGAUAAAACAGAUAAACAAGAGGCGCUGUUUAAGCCUCAGGCUAAAGAUGAUAUAAAUAGAGGUGCACCAUCCAUCACAUGUGUCACACCAAGAGGACUGUGCAGAGAUGAGGAAGACACCUCUUUUGAAUCACUUUCUAAAUUCAAUGUCAAGUUUCCACCUAUGGACAAUGACUCGACUUUCUUACAUAGCACUCCAGAGAGACCCGGCAUCCUUAGUCCUGCCACGUCUGAGGCAAUGUGCCAAGAGAAAUUUAAUACGGAGUUCAGAGACAACCCAGGGAACUUUGUUAAAACAGAAGAAACUUUAUUUGAAAUUCAGGGAAUUGACCCCAUAGCUUCAGCUAUACAAAACCUUAAAACAACUGACAAAACAAAGCCCUCAAAUCUUGUAAACACUUGUAUCAGGACAACUCUGGAUAGAGCUGCGUGUUUGCCACCUGGAGACCAUAAUGCAUUAUAUGUAAAUACCUUCCCACUUCUGGACCCAUCUGAUGCACCUUUUCCCUCACUUGAUUCCCCAGGAAAAGCUAUCCGAGGACCACAGCAGCCCAUUUGGAAGCCCUUUCCUAAUCAAAACAGUGACUCGGUGGUACUAAGUGGCACAGACUCAGAACUGCAUAUACCUCGAGUAUGUGAAUUCUGUCAAGCAGUUUUCCCACCAUCCAUUACAUCCAGAGGGGAUUUCCUUCGGCAUCUUAAUUCACACUUCAAUGGAGAGACUUAAGACACAUUUGAAAACAGACAUACCAAGUUCUAUGUGAUGAUUUGGGGUUUGUAAUACUAUAAAUACUUGAUUGUAAACUAAAUUCAAGAUCAUUUAUAGGAAAAUCUAGUUUCACAGCUAUUUGAAUUGUUUUCUAGAUUUACUGUAUAACUCUUUCAUUUUUUUAAAAGAUCAUUCUAUUCUUUCAAGGAGAAAUAAGCCUAAAAGAAGAAAAACAAAAAAAAAACUGCAUAAAACUGCAAUCCUUUGUAUUCAUGUUUACAGUGCUAUUACUAUAAUUCAAAAUUACAUAUGUGACUUAGUUAUAUAAUCAUAAUUUAUGUUUAUUUCAAAUAUCUAAGUUUAUUGCUUGGAUUUCUAGUGAGAGCUGUUGAAUUUGGUGAUGUCAAAUGUUUCUAGGGUUUUCUUUGUUUUUAUUGAAAAAUUUAUUUAUGCUAUAGGUGAUAUUCUUUAAAUAAACCUAUAAUAGAAAAUAGCAGACAACAUAAACAUCUUUGUAAAUAUCAAACCUAAUACAUUUCUUGUCCAGUGAUAAAACAACUGGUAGAAUUAUUUAAACACUUAAGAUUUUUAAAAUAAUAUACAUGGCUUUAAUUUUACUAUGUGUAUAGCUACAUGAUGAAAUUAAAUAUUAAGAGGUACUUA